CAUGGGCGCCCGGCCGGGCCGCCGCCGCUGAGCGGGAGCAGCAGGAGCAGGAGGAGGAGGAGAAGCCGCCGCGAUGAGGAAGGGCCGCUCUCGGGGGGACAAAGCGGCGCCGCCGCCGCCGGCGCGGAGGGAGCCCGGCCGGGCGGUGUCCGGCAGCGCGGCGGAGCGCAGAGCCGCCCUGCUGGGGGGCGGCGGCAGGAAGGAGCCGGAGGACUCCCGGGCCGCGGGGGCGCCGGAGCGGGAGAUGAUAACGGAGUCCACUCCGCUGCGUUGCAGGAAGCUCAGCAAUCCUGACAUCUUUUCAUCUGCUGGGAAAACCAAGCUCCAUCGUCAGCUGAGUCAAGAUGACUGCAAGCUACGAAGAGGUAGUUUGGCAAGUUCUUUGUCAGGAAAACAGCUACUUCCCUUAUCAAAUAGUGUCCACAGUGGAGUGGGACAGACAAUAUGGCAGCCUCCUGGAGAUACCUCAAACCUGGUCCGCAUGAGAAAUCAGUCUCUAGGACAAUCUGCUCCUUCCCUUACUGCUGGUUUGAAAGAGCUCAGUCUCCCCAGAAGAGGAAGCUUCUGUCGGACAAGCAACAGAAAGAGUUUGAUUGUAACAUCCAGCACGUCUCCGACUCUCCCACGACCACAUUCCCCUCUUCAUGGGCAUGCAGGUAGCAGCCCUUUGGACAGUCCCAGGAACUUCUCUCCAAAUGCACCUGCUCAUUUUUCCUUUGUUCCUGCCCGAAGCCACGGACACAGAGCAGACAGGACGGAUGGACGCCGCUGGUCCUUGGCCUCCCUUCCUUCAUCUGGCUAUGGAACAAACACUCCCAGUUCAACAGUUUCAUCAUCAUGCUCAUCUCAGGAGAAGCUGCACCAGCUGCCCUUUCAGCCCACGGCAGAUGAACUUCAUUUCCUGACAAAGCAUUUCAGUACUGAGAGCAUCACUGAUGAGGAAGGGCGCCAUUCUCCAGCCCUCAGGCCUCGAUCUCGCAGUCUCAGUGCAGGCUGCAUGGUAAUUGCAUAUGGAUCAACUAAGUGUAGUUACACAGUAAUCUACAGGAGCAGCCCUGGUCGCUCUCCGGUUUCCUUUGACAGUGAAAUAAUAAUGAUGAACCAUGUGUACAAAGAAAGGUUUCCAAAGGCCACGGCACAGAUGGAAGAACGGCUGGCCGAGUUUAUUGCCUCGAAUGCUCCGGAGAACGUGCUGCAAUUAGCGGAUGGGGUCCUAAGUUUCAUUCAUCAUCAAGUUAUUGAACUGGCCAGAGAUUGCCUAGAUAAAUCACGUGAAGGUCUUAUUACUUCUCGGUACUUUUAUGAGCUGCAGGAAAACUUGGAGAAACUUCUCCAGGAUGCCCACGAGCGAUCCGAGAGCUCCGAGGUCGCCUUCGUCACCCAGCUGGUGAAGAAGCUGAUGAUUAUCAUUGCUCGGCCAGCUCGGCUGCUCGAGUGCCUGGAGUUUGAUCCUGAAGAGUUCUACCAUUUGUUAGAAGCUGCAGAAGGCCAUGCCAAGGAAGGGCAAGGAAUUAAAUGCGACAUUCCUCGUUAUAUUAUCAGCCAGCUGGGACUCACCAGGGAUCCCCUGGAGGAAAUGGCCCAGCUGAAUAGCUAUGACAGCCCAGACACUCCUGAGACAGAUGAUUCAGUCGAGAGCCGUGGGGCCUCUGUCCAGUCAAAGAAAACUCCAUCUGAAGAAGAGUUUGAAACUAUUAAACUGAUCAGUAAUGGUGCUUAUGGGGCGGUGUAUUUGGUGCGGCACAAGACCACCCGUCAGCGUUUUGCCAUGAAGAAGAUCAACAAGCAGAACCUAAUCCUGAGGAACCAGAUCCAGCAGGCCUUUGUGGAGAGAGAUAUCCUGACGUUUGCCGAGAACCCCUUUGUGGUCAGCAUGUUCUGCUCCUUUGAGACCAAGCGGCACCUGUGCAUGGUUAUGGAGUACGUGGAAGGAGGUGAUUGUGCUACGCUUCUCAAGAACAUUGGUGCCCUACCUGUUGAUAUGGCAAGGAUGUAUUUUGCUGAGACUGUUCUGGCUUUGGAGUACCUACACAAUUAUGGGAUUGUUCACCGUGACCUAAAACCUGAUAAUCUCCUGAUAACUUCCAUGGGUCACAUUAAACUAACAGACUUUGGACUGUCCAAAAUUGGGUUAAUGAGUCUUACAACCAAUCUUUAUGAGGGACACAUUGAGAAGGAUACCAGGGAAUUCCUGGACAAGCAGGUCUGUGGGACUCCGGAAUACAUUGCACCAGAAGUGAUCCUGCGCCAGGGCUAUGGGAAGCCCGUGGACUGGUGGGCCAUGGGAAUUAUCCUGUAUGAGUUUCUGGUUGGCUGCGUUCCUUUCUUUGGGGACACACCUGAAGAGCUGUUUGGACAAGUGAUCAGUGAUGAAAUUGCCUGGCCAGAAGGUGAUGAUGCACUGCCACCAGAUGCCCAGGACCUCAUUUCUAAGCUUCUCCGACAAAAUCCUCUGGAAAGAAUGGGAACAGGUAGUGCCUUUGAAGUGAAACAGCAUCGGUUCUUUAAAGAUUUGGACUGGAAUGGAUUACUUCGGCAGAAAGCUGAAUUCAUCCCACAGUUGGAAUCUGAGGAUGACACAAGCUAUUUUGACACCCGUUCGGAACGGUACCAACACCUGGAUUCAGAGGAAGAGGAGGACACUAAUGAUGAUGAUCACGUGGAAAUUCGGCAGUUCUCCUCAUGCUCACCGAGGUUCAGCAAGGUGUACAGCAGCAUGGAACGUCUUUCCAUCCACGAGGAGAGGAAGACUCCACCACCAACUAAACGGAGCCUGAGCGAAGAGAAGGACGACAGACUGGACAGCCUUGGUGGCCUGAAGAGCCGAGACCGCAGCUGGGUGAUUGGGUCUCCUGAAAUAUUGCGUAAGCGCUUGUCCAUGUCCGAGUCCUCGCACACGGAGAGCGACUCCAGCCCGCCCCUGACGGUGCGGCGCCGCUGCUCGGGGCUCCUCGACAUGCCCCGCUUUGCCAUCUCCGCGGAGGACGAGGGGGCCGCCCUCAAGAGGCCGCAGUCCGAGGGGAUGCUCUUAUCCACCGUGCAGUCGCGGGAGGGGCUGCCGGUGCCCAUUCCAGAACAGCCUGUGGAGCACGAGCUGCCGCUGGAAGGUGAUGCCGGACCCGCCACGCCCUCCACGGCCGCCAGCAGCGCCUCGACACUGACAGCUGGGAGCACUGCAGAUUUCUCUGAUCCACGAGCUCGCAGUAAUAGCAAUGAAGGCCCAGACUUUACCACUCCAAAAGCCAUCAGCGAUUUGGCAGUGCGGCGGGCACGACACAGGUUGCUCUCUGGGGAAUCAGGGGAGAAACGUACCUCGAGACCUGUCAAUAAAGUGAUUAAAUCAGCAUCCGCUACUGCCUUGUCUCUCCUGAUUCCCUCAGAUCACCACACGUGUUCUCCAUUGGCCAGUCCAAUGUCACCUCAUUCUCUAUCCUCCAACCCAUCUUCGAGGGACUCCUCACCCAGCCGCGACUUUUCUCCUGCUAUCGCAAACCUGAAACCACCAAUCAUCAUCCAUCGGGCUGGAAAGAAAUACGGUUUCACUCUCCGCGCCAUUCGCGUCUAUAUGGGUGACAGUGAUAUCUACACUGUGCAUCACAUGGUCUGGCACGUGGAGGAAGGUGGCCCGGCGAACGAGGCGGGUCUGCGGGAAGGGGAUCUGAUAACCCACGUCAACGGGGAGCCAGUCCAUGGGCUGGUGCACACGGAAGUGGUGGAGCUGAUUCUGAAGAGUGGAAAUAAAGUGUCCAUCUCCACCACACCAUUUGAGAACACGUCCAUCAAAGUUGGUCCAGCUCGAAAAGCCAGCUACAAAUCCAAGAUGGCUCGUAGGAACAAGAAGAGCAAAACAAAGGAUGGUCAGGAAAGUAAGAAGAAGAGUUCUCUGUUGAGGAAGAUCACUAAACAAGCAUCGUUACUUCACACCAGCCGGAGUUUAUCGUCACUGAACCGGUCUCUGUCCUCUGGAGAAAGUGUGCCUGGCUCUCCCACUCACAACCUGUCUCCUCGCUCACCAACCCAGAGCUACAGAUCCACUCCCGAGUCUGUACACUCAGUUGGUGGCAAUUCUUCCCAGAGCAGCUCUCCCAGUUCCAGUGUUCCCAAUUCUCCAGCCAGCUCUGGGCACAUCCGCCCUAGCUCUCUGCAUGGACUAGCACCAAAGCUCCAAAGGCAGUACAGAUCUCCAAGGCGUAAAUCUGCAGGAAACAUCCCUCUGUCACCACUGGCUCACACUCCAUCACCAACCCCACAGUCCACAUCACCGCAGCGCUCCCCGUCUCCUCUACCAGGACACUCAGUUGGCAGCUCCAGUAUUAUUCAGUCUUUCCCAGUAAAACUACACUCCUCUCCACCACUGGUGAGACAAAUUUCUCGCCCCAAAAGCGCGGAGCCCCCUCGGUCUCCUUUGCUGAAGAGAGUGCAGUCAGCUGAGAAGCUGGCUGCCUCGCUGUCCUCCUCUGAGAAGAAGCUGGGCUCCUCACGUAAGCACAGCUUGGAUAUCUCUCACUCUGAAUUUAAGAAGGAGAUGUUACAGCGAGAUCCCAGUCUCCAGAGCUUGCAGGAAUCUGCCAAUGAGACAACAGGUGGCAAACUUGGGCUUGCAGAGAAAGGGAUGCUGCAGAAGCCGGGUUCACGGAAGUUGGGCGCCAUCCGACAGGACAGGGUGGAGAGGAGGGAGUCUCUGCAAAAGCAGGAGGCCAUCAGGGAAGUGGAUUCUUCUGAAGAUGAAACAGAUGAUGGUUCAGAAGAUAGUCAGGAUGGGAGAAGGCUGGACAAGCCCCGUGGCAGUGGAGACCAAGGCUCAGAUUCUUUUAAUGAGGAUAAUAAGUUCUCAUCUAAACUGGAAAGCAAGGAUAGUAUUGAAGAUGAUGCUUUUCUACCUGAAGAUCCAAAAGGUACGGAAGACUUGCAGAAGGGAAAUACUCAACAGGCCAAGCCUGUUUCAGAGCCUCUGCAAGUCAGUGUGCAGCCUUCCCCAUCAGAGCUCCUGUCAAGAACUUCUCCAGAAAAAUUAGCUAAUUCAGAAAAGCCAUUCCUAAAAUCAGAAACAACUGCAAAGGAACAUAAAUUGCCAGAAAACAAAACUUUUGACUGUUUUGGUCCAAAAGACAGGUCUUCUGAAGCAAUCAAAGACUUAGGGAGAACUACAGGUACUCAAAAAACAGUAGAUGGCACAGAACAUGUAUGGUGCCCGUCUAUCAAACUCCUGGAACUUGAAGAAGGUGAUUCUUCUGGGGCCUCCUGUGGUAAACUUGACCUGAAAGACCCUGUGCUAACAGAAAGCAGUCAGAAAAAACAGGAUUCCAAACCUCUGCUGGCACUUUCCUCGUGGUGCCCAGCAAACACGAGCACUCCUGUCUCGGUGAGUCCCCCAGACCGCGGCGAGAAGGGUCACAAGGAGACGCUGCAACCUGCGGAACAGCACAGCACCUCAUUCCUGUCUCCUGGAAGCGCCAGCGAAAUGUCCCAAAGAAGUCCUGGUACUGAAAAGCAGCAGCCCAGCUCAUCCCAGGCAGAGAGUACUUUGACCUCCAGGAAAACGAGCCCAGCGGGACCUGCAUCCUCCACACUCCUCAUCCCCGGCGCCAUCGAACGCGCACUCUCCGUGUCUCAGUUGGUGCCCCUGGCUCAGAGCGUGUUAGGCCCGUUGAAGCUCAGUAUGUCUGGUUCUGGAGAGGUGGAAAAGAGAAAGGAUUUGGGUGCUUCCUGUAAAGAAGAGAGAGAUUUGAAACAAAAAAGGCAGGAGAUUUCACAAGUAGGAGAAUGCCAAGAGAAAGCCAAACUAUCUAGCACAGACGGUCUGACCACGAGGAGCGGGUCCUGCUCAGAGUCCUUACACUCAGCAAAGCCCUGGGAGGCAACGUGUCCUGUGGUGGCCAAAAAGGAGGCAACGUGUCCUGUGGUGGCCAAAAAGGAGGCAACGUGUCCUGUGGUGGUCAAAAAGGAGGCAACUUCUUGCGGUGCUAAAGCAUCUGAAGCGUUGGCAGGUAGCUGCAAAAUCACUCCAUCGAAAGAGCUGUCUCAUGCUCUUGGACAAGCAGCGCUGAAAGCCUCUCCUCUGCCAGAUGGCAGCACGAGGCCCUGUAAAGAAGGGACUCUGGCACAGGCAAAAAGCAAAGAGGUUGGAAAUCAGUUAAAAAUACAAGACUUUCCCCUGUCACAUGACGAUGCUGUAAAGAAAACAUAGCAGCAUCGCUGGUACUCAUGGACUGGAGCAUUCUGCAUUCAAGAUAGAGACUGCAUGUUUGAAUUUUGUAAUAUACACUAAUAUAAAAUAGAACUUGUGUA